AUGACAUCAGUUCCUGAAAAUAUUGCUACCAAUCUUAAGACUGUGAUCUCAGAAAGACUAAAGGUCGUUCCAAACUUCAACGAAGAUGUCAAUCAAGUUGCUGAAUAUGUGACAUUACUUAUGUCAAAUGGAUCCAGUGCAACAGAUAUUUUGCAGGAGUUGUCUAGUUUGUUCGACAGUGUGAGUCCUCAGGAGCUUCAAGAUGUGGUUAGUAUCGCAUUCAAUGCGGCAGAACUUUUGAAAGGGGGCGAUGACUUGAAUGCAGUUUUUGCAAAAUUGGGAAACCAAGGGUCUAAUGGACCAUCGGCCCCUGUUUCUGAGAGUACAUCGGCACCUUCAUCUUCGGGACCGGUUUCUGCACCUGCUUCUGCUUCUGCUAAUUCAGAGAGCGUUCCAUCCAGUUCGCCUGUAUCAGCUUUUACUGGUGUAGUAGAUGUCUCGUCUUCCAAGUAUAACACUGCGGGAAACCAAGCAAGGCAUCCAGCCCAACGUACUAGGGACCCUCAUGGGACUGUUUCUAGACGUGGUGGCUCAAGUAGCGCUAGAGGAGGUAUCUCUAAGACAGCAGCUAUCCCAAACAGAAGAACACCUAACUCCAGGUAUGGUGCCAAUCAGUUAGCCAUGGCACUGGGCAUCGAUGAGGCCAACGCCUCGAAUGAGGGGUCUACACAUACGGUGAUCAAGAGAGAGGGUCGUUGUCCAGACUUCCCACAUUGUCCAUUGGGCAGAAAGUGUACUCGUGGCCACCCAACUGCUACUUGUCCAAGCUAUCCCAACUGUAAGAAUCCACCAGGAACGUGCACGUAUCUACAUCCAAGCGAGGAUGCAGAAUUGAUGAAGGAGAUUGAACGUGUCAGAGAGGAGCGUAGAAUUAAAAGAGAGGAGAUGGAGAAGAAGCAGCAGCAAAGGAUCAGUGGUAUUGUUGUUUGUAAGUUUGGUACUGUGUGCUCGAACCCCAAAUGUCCAUUCGGACAUCCAACACCGGCAAACGAAGAUGCAAAGGUAACGCAAUUCAGCUGGUGUGAGAGCAACUUACAGUGUGCUGAUCCUACAUGUAACAAGGCACACAGUUCUUUGUCCAAGAUUAGAAGUGUAGAACCACUUCACAAGCCUACCCCUAAGCCGGUCAUUGCAAAGCCUUCGAAUCCAAAAUAUGUCGCUGGAUCGAUGGUCCCACCAGAGGAGAAAACAUUGGAACAGUGUAAAUUUGGUCCUAAAUGUACAAACAAGCGCUGUCCUAAGAGACACGCUAGAUCGCCAAUUAUGUGCCGCGAGGGUGCUAACUGUACAAGGAUAGAUUGUUUGUUUGGACACCCAGUAAAUGAACCAUGUAGAUAUGGUGCUGAAUGCAGGACGUACGGCUGUUUGUUCCAACAUCCCCCAGAAAGAGUCUUGCCUGAGAAGCCUAGAAAAGGUGGCGAUGCAGGCAACAACUUCAAUACAACCCAGGGCAAUGGAGUAUGGUUUAAUCCACAACUGAUUGGUAGCGGAAACUCAUCGAGCAAUGAAAGACCAUUUGCUCUUCCGGAAUCCAGCGUGCAAUCAGUCCAUGCAAACCAAGAAGUGGACGGUGAUUCCAUGAUGGCGAACUAA